CUGCUGAUCUCACUCCCCAACCUUUUUUUUUUUUUUUUUUUUUUUUUUGGUGUGUGUGUUUUUGUUUUGUUUUGUUUUGUUUUGAUAUUCUUGCCGUGUUGGAACUAGCAAGUGGUGAAGUGGUGGAGUCUCCGAAGCCUCAUCAGUCAUCGGACUGUCAGGAAUAGUGGUUUAAGAGGAAGCUCUUGGCCUGGGGCACUAUACCCUGUCAUCCAGUUCCCUGCCUCGGAGAUAAAGAUUCCAGCUACAUGGGCAAACGCCUGGAUCAGCCACAAAUGUACCCCCAGUACACUUACUACUAUCCUCAUUAUCUCCAAACCAAGUCCUAUGCACCAGCUCCCCACCCCAUGGCUCCUCCCAGCCCCAGCACAAACAGCAGCAGCAACAACAGCAGCAGCAACAGCGGCGGGGAACAGUUGAGUAAAACCAACCUGUACAUCAGAGGCCUUCCGCCAGGCACCACGGACCAGGAYCUCAUCAAGCUGUGCCAACCGUAUGGAAAAAUUGUAUCCACAAAGGCAAUUCUUGACAAAAACACAAAUCAAUGCAAAGGUUAUGGUUUUGUAGAUUUUGACAGUCCUGCAGCCGCACAGAAAGCUGUAGCAUCCCUCAAGGCAAAUGGCGUGCAGGCACAAAUGGCCAAGCAACAAGAACAAGAUCCAACAAAUCUGUACAUCUCGAAUCUCCCCAUUUCUAUGGAUGAGCAGGAGCUUGAGAAUAUGCUGAAGCCCUUCGGACAUGUCAUCUCCACAAGAAUACUGAGAGAUGCUAAUGGAGUCAGCAGAGGUGUUGGCUUUGCCAGAAUGGAAUCUACUGAAAAAUGUGAAGUGGUAAUUCAACAUUUUAAUGGAAAAUAUCUGAAAACACCACCAGGCAUCCCAGCCCCCAGUGAGCCUUUACUGUGCAAGUUCGCAGAUGGAGGACAAAAGAAGCGACAGAAUCAAAGCAAAUAUACCCAGAAUGGGAGGCCUUGGCCCAGAGAAGGAGAGGCUGGCAUGGCUCUGACCUAUGACCCCACAGCCGCCAUACAGAACGGAUUUUAUUCUUCACCGUACAGUAUUGCAACCAACCGCAUGAUUCCACAGACAUCUAUCACGCCAUUCAUUGCUGCUUCCCCUGUCUCCACAUACCAGGGUGCUGUGAUUACACCAACCAUGGACCAUCCUAUGUCCAUGCAGCCAACCAACAUGAUGGGUCCCCUGACACAGCAGAUGAACCACCUCUCAUUGGGAACAACAGGAACGAUUCAAUCCCAAGACAGGAUUAUGAUACUCCACCAGCUGUUGUGUCAGUAUAUGACUGCUGCUGCUCCUAUGCAAGGGACCUACAUUCCCCAGUACACGCCUGUGCCUCCGACAGCUGUUUCUAUUGAAGGUGUCGUUGCUGAUACUUCUCCCCAGACAGUGGCACCUUCAUCCCAGGACACCAGUGGUCAGCAGCAACAGAUAGCAGUGGACACAUCCAACGAACAUGCACCUGCAUAUUCUUACCAACAGUCAAAACCAUAAACAGAACUGAAGAAUGUUCAUCUGAAACUUUGCCUUGAAUGAAGAAACUUCAUUGAACAAGAAGUUAGUUGGCUUCCAGUUUGCACAGGCGUCAAUGGAAGGCUUUUUUUUUUUUUUUUUAAUUUUAUACUUUACUCGAUGAAAACAAAAAGUUUUUAUGUGCUGUGCAAAUGGUUCCUUUAUGUGGUCUGACAGUUUAUUUUAGCCAUCCUUUUUUUUUUUUAUAAUUAAAGAAAAAAAAUCCCAAGAAGAGGGGGUUAAACAUCACAGUUUUAUGUUUUAUCUAGAACAUUUAAAUUCAGAAUUUACCUGAAAGUGUAGAUAGAUUCUUUUUUUUAUUUUUUAUUUUUCUUUAACAGAAAACCUGAUGUCAAGAGGUGGGCAAACAGAAUUGGAACAAAUUGUCUUGCUCAGUAACUAAGCUACUUUCUCUCUUUUUCCUUUUUUGUUUAAAUCUUGUGUUUUUUUAUUAAUUUUUUUUUAGAAAUAUGUAGGUAAGGUUUAUCUUGAAUCUUAAUUGCCUUAAUUUUAAGGACGUCAAAGGCUCUCAAGGCAAGCUGUCAACGUCUGGUUAAAAAAAAAAAAUCAAGAAAAAUGGAAAUAUUGUGCCAGCUUUAACUGGUACAGAAGUUUAAGACUAUGAGUUUUUAGGGUGAAAAAAAAAAAACUGUACAGUUUAAAAGAAAAUGUUUUUUCUUCAUUUGAAGAAAAUUUGUUGAUAAAAGAAACCAUGGCAACUGCAAGAAUUGGGAAAUGCUGGGACUUUUCAUGAACUUUGUCUUAAGUGUUGACACAAAUCAUUCUAGAAGGCUAAAACAUUUUACAGUAAAGUUAUUCAUGUUGGUUUUAAAACAACUGCAUUAGAAAUAAUGCGUGUUUGGGGGGCAGAAUGCAGAUUUUUUUUAUUUACAAAGCGUGAUUGCUAGCAAAAGCAUUAGUGCUUUUUAUCUGCAGUCUUUUUUAUGAGCUUUACAAAGUUUUUAGUCAGCUUUGCUUGUCACAUUGCAAAACCUAGCUUAAGAGCAUUAAAAAAACAAAACAAAACAAAAAAAAACUUAAGUAGAUAGGAGCUUAUGGUCAAAAAGUGCAAAAAACAAAAAAAGCAAUAGAUAGAGAAAUUGUUGACAAUUUCUGUAGUCUUUCCUAGUUGUGAUCAAAUUCAGCCUAUGGAUGGCCUAUUUUAUACCAAAGAUGAAGUGACACCCUAUUACAGUCCAGAGGGUAGAGGUUGUUAAUUCUGUUUUGUUUUAAAAUUUUUAUUUGACCUACAUGGCCGGACCAGUUUUUUGUCCUUUGUUUAAACUAUCUUCCACUGGUGUUUUACUUACUGCAAAAGAAAAAAAAAAGUGUUUUUUUUUUUUUUAAGUCUUUGUUGAUAUUAGAAGCUUGUACCUGCUGUGUUCAACAGUUAUAGCAAGGAGAGUCCUGGGUACCAAUUGAUAGAGCCAAGAGGCUUUAAAUCCUGUGAGCUUUUCUGAUUCCUUGCUAACUCUCUUCAAUAGUGAAACCUGUGCUGAUGGCCACCAAUAAGCCAAGACACUUGUUUAACAGGUUGGAAUUUCUUUGUAUGAAUUUUGAACUAAAGAUGCUUCCUGAACAUGAUCUGAAAGGUCACUUGUCAGAAAAGCUGAGUGAUAUUGUGUGCAAUGGUGAGUGGUCUCUGAAAAGGUCUCAUUUUGUAACAGUCUUCCUUCUAAAUUCUAACACCUCCUGGUUUUGUCUUCUCACUUCAGUCUUUUGUCAUCAUCCACCAUGAAUAGCCACCUUGAUUGUGCAAUUGAGGUGGGGGGUAUCUUCUUUUUGCCUCUUUUCAUAUCUUGGUGAUGCCGGAAAGAAAGACAAAACAGACGUUUCAUUUCAGUUUAAUUAUCCAAGGCAAGCAGGACUAAUAAGAUUGAGGGUUCUCUUAAUGGAAUUUCUGAAAAAUGCUAGUUGACAAUCAAGUAAUUGUAUCAUUUUUAAUCAAUAAGAACCAAAAGAAUUAGGUUUGAUCAAUGAUAAAAGCCAAAGGAGAUAUAUGCACUUAGGACAAUGCAAAAGUUUGUUUAAAAUUAAAUUGACUUACCUAGAAAACAUCUUUGCAUUUUGAUUCAUCAAGUCCACGUUCAACUUAUACAGUUUUACCUGAAAUUAGAGACAACAGAAUGGAAUUUUGCUAAUUGAACCAAUUGCUAAAAUGGCUUUGCRAAUGAAUCAUUUUAAUCAAAUAGGUGAAAAUCUUUUUGCAAACUAAAGAAGUCACAGGAAUCUGACUUAUUCCAUAAAGAAGGAAGAAAUACAUGAAGUGCACUAUAGAAGAAAACAGGGUAGGCUUUUGAAAACUAAAAAAUUCAAAAUGUAAAUCAUAUUCUUGUUAGGGCAACAUGAGUAAGGAGGGGGACUCAUAGAAAAUUGCCACUUUUUUUCACUAUUUAAAUGGACCCUUGUUCUCUUAUUUGCCACCCCAGAUAUUGGAAGCUCAAACCUACAGAAUGGCUCCAUAUCUCUGCAGUCAAACUAAUAGCAAAAGUGUAUCCAAGGAAAUGUCACAUGUGCUACAGAGAAAUUCAGCUGGUCACACCCUUCCUGAUGGUUUUCUGUUUCUAGAGAGAAUCCUAGAAUGACACAUUCUUUGGUAUCCUACAGCUUCCCAAGUAUUGCAAGAGUGGCACUUAAGUUUUGCCUUUGAAUAGUGGGUCCCCAAGUUACAGGGGGUAUAAGAAAACAUCUUUGGGAACUGUAUUUUCUGUUCUUCCUUUUCACUCUCUGAAUUCUUUGUAUAAAUAAGGAUUAUCCUAGGCAUAAUUCAUUUGAAUAUGAAACCAACAUGCUUUCCUUUGUUUAUGUAAAGAAAAUAUACCAAAAAACAAAUAUUAAUGUGAUACAAAGAAAGUCUCAUUUACACAAUCAACAAUGAGGCUAAGAGGUAGCUACCAUGUGGCUGAUGAAUGUGCCUAGGUAACUUCCUGUUUCUAUUCAAAACUGCUGCUUUAUUUAUACAUUCAGAAACAUUUUUUUCAACUAUGAAAUUUCAGUAAUCUCAAUUUUUUUAAGCCACUUCAGGCGAAAGGAAAUUACCUGUCAUUUUAUGUGUCCAUGUGUGUUUUGUGUUUAGAUUGUUUAUGUCAUGCCAUUCUAUAAAAUUUCAAACCAAAAAGAAGAAAAAAGCAAAGUUCAAAUUUGCCCCCUUUUCCUGACAUCUUACCUAAUAACUGUUUCCAAGUGUCCAGUUUGGGGUUGGGGGUGGCGCAUCCACAGGUAAGCAGUGCUACUCUAAGUGAAAAAGAAAGAAAACCAAAAUAUGUGUUCAAUAUAUGUGGGCAUCAGCAUCCUAAUCUAAUUCACCGUAUAUAGUGUGGUGAUUUUAGUACUAUUUAAGACUAUAACCUUUUUUAAAGUUGAAGUUGAUUUUCCAAGUAUUCUGAUUCACCAGAUUUUUAAGUAUUUAUUGAAAUAUCUAAAAUUGGUUCUUUAUGACUGCAAUUGCCAAGACUUAGCCUACCCAUUAGGAAACAAACUACAGCCACAAUCCAUGUAAGACAAACACUGUCUCAUCUAAACUCAGUUACUAGGUCAGUGGGAGAAUGGGUUUAUUCUAAUGAAAAGGUGUUGUCAGGAGAAGCAAUGUAUGUAGUAACUGGACAUUCACAGGGCAUGMCCAUUGUCUUCUAAGGACAAUUAAUGUAGCCCAAGAGAACUAAAGUCACAGGAGCAGGUGAUGAAUACUGCUUGUCAUAAAUGCUGACAUGUUUUGAAUAUUAACAAAUCACAAAAUAUUUGAAAGAAAAAAAUCCUCCACCUGAUUUCAAUUUGGCUAGAAUUAGUUUGUUUUCUUGGAAAAUUUCAACUCUUUAGAAUAUUGUCUCCAUAUUUCGCUUAAAUUAAUUCUUGUGACUAUUAACAGACAUGCCACCUUUGAAAGCACAUGACUCACUUCCACCCCUUGUAAUGCAAAACUACUUGGUUUUAAAAGCAUGUGCAUUGGAAAUGCAAGACCAAGAGCUGAAAAAAGCUGAUGGAUCAAACAGUUUGCAUUAUUUCCCUAUGCCAACAAAAUACAUCAUGGGCCUCAUUGCCAAACUGCUUUAAAAUCACUUUUAGCUCAUGUAUGACCAAAAACGGACUUCAUUUUGUUCCUCCACCCCAGAAAUUUUAUUUGAAAAAUAAUCAGGGUGUCUAUUAUAUACCUAAUUACUUUUGCACUGGCCUAAAAUCCCCAUUGGUGGAAAAGGAAAUUUUAUUGGGAUAGGACCUUGAGAAUUUCUUCAUGAUUAUAAAAAGUUUCAACAGGCUCUCCAGAAACAGUUAUGAUGUUAGUAGACUAAAAAUGCAUUUGACAAAUUGGUCUCCUUAAUUUGAGUGCAUGAACCACUUAUCAGAGGAGCAGAUAAGCAGAUAAAAUUUCUUAAGUGUGUUUUAGUGAUCAAUGUUUUUUAUAUGAUUUCAAAUCAAGCAAGGGGCAAUAUUUAUAUAAAUGUAUAAUAACAUUCAGUGCAUUUGAGGAAUCACACGUUGUAAUACAGUAUUAACACAUCAUAAUGAUGAUAACACAUCAUUUUUAUUUUGACUAUAGUAGAGAGGAAAGGAUGAGACUUUGUUUUUUUKUGUGUGUUAUGUGGCUGGCAUACUUCAAAAUUUUGAGUCCAGUGGAACUGACAAGCUUCUCACUUCAAUCUGAGGGACUGACAGAAUUUAAACAAGGCUCACUGAUUGUGUGCACUAUACUCUCCCUGUGGCAAAGCGAUAAUGGGAUUUCAUUAACCAAUCAAUUUGCUUUACAAAUGACAUCCACUGUGGGGUGGCAUUGGAAGACAGUUGGGUCUGACUCAAGGUUAACAUUUCCUACCAAAACUUUUUAAAAUAUAAAAUUGGUCCCUUAAUCCAAAUGUUAUUGGGCAUGACUAUUAGUUGUGCGAGUUGCAUAUGGAGUUCAGGAAAAUAGGAAAACUAAAUACCAAGUCCCCAUGUGGUCCCAAAGACCUUUUCUGAUGUGGGAGAGGAGAGUUCACCCCAGAUUACUGAUUUCUUUUAGUUUUAUAUCCCAACAUGGAGAUGUUCACUAUCACAAAAAAGGGAUGGAUGACUUCUCAAAUAUUCGCUUCUAUGUGUUUCUGGGAGGGAAAAUACUUUAAUGGAUCAAGAAAUGGUUCUUCUAUUCAGGAAGCUUUCAAGCCAAAACUCUGGUGGGAUGGAGCUUGGUGCCUGCAGGAAGAAUCACAAGGCUACUGGGUCACACUUGAGCUUUUCUUAAUACUGCCCCAAUUUCUGCGUUUUGCAGAAAUACAAUCACUCUCAAUUUUUGAAGGGCUAAUUAUCUACUUUGUGGAUGUGUUUUGUCUUUCUUCUCAAGGAUUAGGCCUUGGGCUCUGUUUCCUUUCAUUAUUAUUUCACCCUGAGGGUGGAGAAAAGAAACAAUUGGAAAUAAAAUUCAAAUCAGUCUACUUUAUUUCUUCUUAAAUUUUGUUUUAUGGAAGGUGUUUACAAGAAAUCAUUGGCAAAAUUAAUGUGCGUGCAUUACAUACUGUGGAUUUUGAGAAUUCAUAAUGUUCUUUUUCCAUUUACCACAAACAAUUGAGAGUUGGCUGUAUUCUUGCAGAAUAAAAAUGAAAAAAAAAACCAAAAAAAAAAAAAAACCGUGGUAAAGAAUUUGGCUUCCCUCAAAAGAAGCUUGUUUGGGUUUCAUUUACUCUACUGAAAUUUAAGCCAAUAGAAAAGAUCAACACAAUUUCUGUUAUGAUAAUAUAAGAGUAACUCUUGGUUAAAUGUGCACUCUUAUUCCUACUUUAAUUCUUUGACCAAAAAGAAAGGGGGGGAAAAAAAGAAAGAAAUUGCAUAUGUUUUUUAACUUGGCAUUACUAUAUCAAGGCUGAAAGACUUUGACACUCCAGUGGAUAUUUUUAUGAUCACCUUAAAAUAAGUUCAAAGUUUAACAUCAGUGUUAUACUUUGUCCUUAACCCCUCAGUCUUAGAUGAUUAAGAAAGAUGCUCUGUCCUCCUCCCCAAAAUGUGUUAUUUCUUCAUAUGCAAAAAAAAAAAAGAGUUAUUCCAUAACUUUUAGGAACUGUGACAAUUAUUUCAAAGAGAUACUUGGAAAAGUUUUCUUCACUCUGGAAAUAAAUGCUUCCCUUUAUUUAAAAGGAAGGAUAUAAUUGGAAUCUUAAUUUUAAGAAAAACGUGUAAAAGUACUUGUUAUGACAUUCAGUUUCUAAGAAAAAUAGGACACAGCUUCUUUUUAAAAACCCUUAUUUCAGGCCAUAUUCAACAUCAUGGAACUUCUGAAACAUCGUUCAGUUUUAAACUUUAUUUCAGAGCAUUUUUUUAUUUUAUUUUAUUUUAUUUUUUUGUACUGCUGUCUCUGACUGUCGAGGAAAGUUCUGUAAUUCUGUGGUGUUUCUGGUUUUAUUUUUAAUUUUUUUCAUCUGUACCACAGUCCAAUGAAAUACCAUUUCCCCUAUUCCUUGGGCUUUCUGUAGAUCAGUGGAUGUUAGGUUUAAAUUUCUGUUUUCUUUGAUGAAGCUUUCAAUAAAAAAUGACAAUAAAAUCAA